AUGAAGGUCUUGAUUAUUCUUGUGUUGGCUUUGGUGGCCGCCAUUCACGCCACGCCGUACAUACACGGCAUUUACGGCCGUGGUGGACGGUAUGGAGGAAGUGGAGGAGGAAUCGGAGGAGGAAUCGGAGGAGGAAGCGGAGGAGGAAUCGGAGGAGGCUACGGAGGCGGCAGUGAGUACGACCACGCUGGCUUCCACAGAGGAGACAACGGUUAUCUUGACGAGGGCUAUGGCAGCCAUGGAUUUGGGGAAGGACAUGAUAUUCGGCAUCAGGAAAAUGAAUUUGACAAGUCGGUCCAUCACCACCAGGUAACGGACCAGAACAUCGGUGGAGUGUCGUCGGGCGGUAGUAGAGGCCACCUCGAAACUGGUCACGGUGGUUUUGAAUCAGGCCUGAAUGACUACGGUCGGCAGUAUGGUCAUGGCUACAACUACGGGAUAUAA